AUGAUUCGAGCACGAAACUACGCUACUAAGGCGCACACUUUGAACAAGUUCUCCAAGAUCAUCACGGAGCCCAAGUCGCAGGGAGCCUCUCAGGCUAUGCUGUACGCCUGCGGCUUCAACGAGGCCGAUCUGGGCAAGCCCCAGGUUGGUGUCGCCUCCGUCUGGUGGUCCGGAAACCCCUGCAACAUGCACCUGCUUGAUCUCAACUUCAAGGUCAAGGAGGGCAUCGAGAAGCACAACCUCAAGGCCAUGCAGUUCAACACUAUUGGUGUGUCUGAUGGUAUUUCUAUGGGUACCAAGGGUAUGCGAUAUUCUCUGCAAUCUCGAGACAUGAUUGCUGACUCCAUUGAGACUCUCAUGAUGGCCCAGCACUACGACGCCAACAUCUCCAUCCCGGGCUGUGACAAGAACAUGCCCGGUGUUCUCAUGGCCAUGGGCCGAGUCAACCGACCCUCCAUCAUGCUGUACGGAGGAACCAUCCACCCCGGAAAGGCCGAGACUCGAAAGGGCGAGGACAUUGAUAUUGUUUCCGCCUUCCAGGCCUACGGACAGUACAUUGCCGGCGGCAUCUCUGAGACCGAGCGAGCCGAUGUUAUUCGACACGCCUGCCCCGGUCAGGGAGCCUGUGGAGGUAUGUACACUGCUAACACCAUGGCUUCUGCCGCAGAGGUGCUUGGUAUGACUCUGCCUGGCUCCUCCUCCGCUCCCGCCAUCUCCAAGGAGAAGAUGGCCGAGUGUGAGGCUCUGGGACCUGCCAUCAACAAGCUGCUGGAGAUGGACCUCAAGCCUAAGGAUAUCAUGACCCGACAGGCCUUUGAGAACGCUAUUGCUUACAUCAUUGCCACUGGAGGCUCCACCAACGCCGUUCUCCAUCUGCUGGCUAUCGCUCACACCGUCGACGUUCCUUUGACCAUUGACGACUUCCAGCGAAUCUCCGAUAACACUCCUCUGCUCGCCGACUUCAAGCCCUCCGGAGCUCACGUCAUGGCCGAUCUGCAGAAGUGGGGUGGAACCCCCGCCGUCAUCAAGAUGCUCAUUGAGCAGGGUUUCAUUGAUGGCUCUCCCAUGACCUGUUCCGGAGAGUCUCUCAAGGACACCGUCGCCAAGUACCCCUCUCUCCCCAAGGAGCAGGAUAUCUUCGCCUCUGUUGACGCUCCCCUCAAGCCCUCUGGUCAUCUGCAGAUUCUUAAGGGCUCCCUUGCUCCCGGUGGAUCCGUCGGAAAGAUCACCGGAAAGGAGGGAACAUUCUUCAAGGGUACCGCCCGAUGUUUCGACGAGGAGGACCUGUUCAUUGAGGCUCUGGAGAAGGGCGAGAUCAAGAAGGGCGAGAAGACCUGUGUCAUUAUUCGAUACGAGGGCCCCAAGGGAGGACCCGGUAUGCCCGAGAUGCUCAAGCCCUCUUCUGCCCUGAUGGGAUACGGUCUGGGCAAGGAUGUUGCUCUGCUGACCGACGGACGAUUCUCCGGAGGAUCUCAUGGUUUCCUCAUUGGUCACAUUGUCCCCGAGGCUUACGAGGGAGGUCCCAUUGGUCUGGUUGAGGACGGCGAUGAGAUCAUCAUCGACGCUGACAACAACAUCAUCGACCUGCUUGUUGAUGAGAAGACCAUGGCUGAGCGAAAGGCCAAGUGGACUCCCCCCGCUCCUCGAUACACCUCUGGAACCCUGCACAAGUACUCCAAGCUUGUGUCCGACGCCUCCACUGGCUGUAUCACUGACGCCUAA